GCUCUGUCGGGGGGGAGGAAGAGGCGUCAGCUGGGCCUGGCGCCGGGGGUCCGGCUGAGGCUGCAGCUCCAGGUGCCGCACCUGAGGCGAUGAGGCGGGCGGACGCCUGAGGCGCCUGGUUUGGCUGGCAGGAGGGCGGACCCCAGCUCUGCCUUCAGGUGUUGGGUCGACCACAGCAUCAGUUGCCAGAGGCUGCGCUUCGGCUUUUGCUCAGCUGUAGCUGUGUGCAGUGUACAUGCAAAGCAGAAACCAACAUCAUGCUUGUGGCAGGAUUGGGGAGCUAUGGCUUCUAAGAAACUGAGAAGAGCAAGGUUGUCUCAGGAGCUGUGUGAAAGGCUGAGUCGCCAUCAGAUCACUACCUGUCAGGAUUUUUUAUGUCUUUCCCUCUUGGAGCUAAUGAAAGUGACAGGACAGAGCUACUAUGAUGUGCGGAAGCUUCUUUGUCAAGUCAGCCAAGCUUGUGCUCCCAAAAUGCAGACUGCUUAUGAAAUGAAACUGAGGAAGACUGGCAAUGCCUCUUCAGCCUUUUUAUCCACCACACUUCCUAGUUUGGAUGAGGUCUUGCAUGGUGGAGUGUCCUGUGGAUCUCUUACAGAGAUAACUGGCCCACCAGGUUGUGGCAAAACUCAGCUGUGUAUUAUGCUGAGUGUUCUGGCUACACUCCCUGUAAGCAUGGGAGGACUAAAUGGGGCUGUGAUAUAUAUUGACACAGAGUCUGCAUUCAGUGCUGAAAGGUUGAUUGAGAUAGCAAGCAACAGAUUCCCUACUUAUUUUGACUCAGAUGAGAAGCUAUUCUGCAUGACCAGUAGCAUUCACCUGUACCGAGAGCUGACCUGUAGUAGUGUGCUGAACAGGAUUAUGUCUUUGGAAGAAGAAAUUAUUUCCAAGAAAGUUAAACUCAUAAUUAUUGACUCUGUCGCUUCAGUUGUCAGAAAGGAGUUUGACACAAAGCUCCAGGGCAACCUGGCAGAGAGAAGUAACUUUUUGGCUAGAGGAGCAUCAGUAUUGAAGUAUUUGGCAGAGGAGUUCUCAAUACCAGUUAUCUUGACAAAUCAGAUUACCACAUCGUUGAGCAAUGGCCUUGCUAUCCAGGCAGACCUGGUGUCUCCAGCUGAUGAUUUGUCCCUGUCUGAAGGAGCUUCUGGGAGUGAGAAGAAGGAAUAUGGUUGUGUAACAGCAGCUCUUGGCAACACAUGGAGUCACAGUGUCAACACCAGGCUUGUACUACAAUAUCAUGACUUGCUGACAAGACAGCUCCUGGUUGCUAAAUCCCCUGUUGCUCCAUUCUCUGCUUUUCCCUACACCAUUGAAAAGUCUGGCUUGGUUCUUCAAGACUAGAGAAACGGUGAUUGGACAGCAAGCCCGGCCAGCCAGAGAUGUUUAGCAUGGGAAAUGAGCCUUUGCUCUCCUUUCAUUGCUUCAGUGUGCUCUGUGCUGAGGAGGUGGAGUGCAAACCCAAAGAAAAGCCUUCACAUUGCAAUGCAGUGUCAUGUAAUGUCCUGCCAUACUGCCCAGCCUGACUCUGUGAGGAGCCCCAAUUGUAAGCGUGAAAUUCAGUCUGACAGCAGAGCUUUGGUUUGCAGAGAUCUUAGUGAGGCACAAACCUGGACCUCUGCACUGCAAGAUAUUGAAAAGUUUUACUGUCUGCUUAUAUAUUCAGUUUGAGGCCUUUCCUUUUGCUUGCCCAAUUCAAUAUAUGAGCUGAAGCGAAGAAAAUGAUGCUGAUAAUAAAAAGAACAACAGUUUAAAAGUU